AAAAAAAAGAAGUAAAAUGCACGACAAGUCAAAAACGACGAUCUUUAAACGAACAUGAAACUUCCAUAGUUCCAUUCAUUUCUCAGACAGAGAGAGAGAGUGCAUCUACUUGAAACGACAGCAACAUAUUAAACGACAACAGAAUCAGUGUCAAUCGACAGGAUAUCGCCUUAGCCAAAUAACAGAACGUUGUGUACUAACUGAACUGAAAACACGAACAAUCUCAGAUCUCAGAACUCAAAACUACGACUGUUUGUCGCCGUCGCCGUCGCCGUCGUCUUGUUGGAGAUCCCGAAUAGCAUAAAAGAAAUCGAAAAAUUACCACACAAACAAAAUCAAUCUCAAUUCUCAACCUCUGAAGCUAUUUCCUGGUAAUUAAUACACAUUCAUCAACAUCAAGCUACUGUUUCUAGGGUUCUAGUCGUCGAGGAGUUUCCUGAGACGCUCUUUGACGAAAUCCCUGCGAGCUUUCACGCGUGCCUGUUGAGGCUCGAUGUUCGAAAACGACAUGUAAGCUCCGACUGCGAAAAACGACACCCCGACGGCGAAGCAAAUCGCCGUCGUCGCUAGCUGCCUCGGCGUCGGCGGGUACGACCACAUCGCCAUAUCUCAAUUUCCCAAAUCUUUUUUUCUGUAGGGUUUUUCAAUUUUACUCAUAUUUAAACGUCGUUUGAGUUAAAUUACGAAAAGCUCCCUUUGUGUUUCGGAUAUUCUUUUACUUGAGGCAAAAGAUCGAACACAUAGAGAACAAUAUACAAAAAGCCAUGCAAACACGAAAUCUUGUUCAACUCCCAUGCCUUUGAUCAGCCAUAAUUUGCCCAAAUUUUCUGUGCCUUCAAUCGCAAGUCUCAUAAAGGCAUGUAGAAAUCCCAAGCAUCUUCAACAAGUCCAUGCUCAGAUCAUCCGCAAAGGUUUAGAGCAAGACCAUUUUCUCAUUUCCCAGUUCAUUUGUCUCUCUCAAACUCUCUCUAACCUUUCCUACUCGGUAAGCGUUUUUGACCGUAUUCUCUCUCCCAGUACGUUUCUAUGGAACGUUCUGAUUAAAGGGUACUGCGAAAAGUCCGGUUUCGGUGGCACUUUUUCGGUGUUUGUUCGCAUGAAGAGAGAGGGGAGUUUUACUGAUAGAUAUACUUAUCCUUCGGUGAUCAAGGCGUGUGCGUGUGAGGGAAGGGUUAGAGAAGGAAGGGCUCUUCAUGGGUCGGCGUUGAGGUGUGGGGUUGAGUGGGACGUGUUUGUGAGGACGAGUUUGAUUGAUUUUUACGGGAAAUGUGGGAAGAUUGGGUGUGCGCGUAAGAUGUUUGAUGAAAUGCCGCAGAGAAAUGUCGUUUCUUGGACGGCUAUUGUUGUUGGAUAUGUCGUUGCUGGGGAUAUAACGGAGGCGAAGAGGCUGUUUGAUGAGAUGCCGCAGAGGAAUGUGGCGUCAUGGAAUGCAAUCAUUGGCGGGUUUGUGAAGUCGGGCGACUUGUGUAGUGCUAGGAGGAUUUUUGAUGAGAUGGAAGAGAAGAAUGUGGUUUCUUAUACGACUCUGAUUGAUGGGUGUGCGAAGGCGGGUGAUAUGGCUUCUGCUAGGUUUCUGUUUGACCAAGCUCCGUAUAGGGAUAUUGUUGCGUGGUCUGCGUUAAUUACAGGGUAUGCUCAGAAUGGUCGGCCUAAAGAGGCUGUAAACAUUUUUCUUGAAAUGUGUUUGGGUAGUGUUAAGCCUGAUGAGUUUAUCAUGGUGAGCUUGAUGUCAGCUUGUUCUCAGGAAGGCAAUCUGGAGUUGGCCAAAUGGGUUGAUAAUUAUGUUACCCGAAGUCCAAUUGAUCUUGGUCGAGCACAUGUUCAAGCGGCUCUUGUUGACAUGAAUGCAAAGUGUGGGAACAUGGAGAGAGCAAUAAAUUUGUUUGAGCAAAUGCCUAAACGGGACUUAAUAUCAUACUGUUCCAUGAUACAUGGUCUCUCUAUACAUGGUCGUGGUGAGGAGGCAGUUUCCCUUUUCAAUAGUAUGCUAAAUGAAGGCUUGACUCCGGAUGAGGUGGCCUUUACAGUUAUCCUGACAGCUUGUAGCCGUGCUGGGCUCGUUGAGGAGGGUUGGCACUUCUUUGAAUCCAUGAAAAAUGGGUAUUCCAUCGUACCUUCUCAAGAUCAUUAUGCUUGUAUGGUUGAUCUUCUCAGCCGUUCAGGGCGGUUGAAAACAGCUUAUGAGCUUAUGAAAUUAAUGCCUGUGGAGCCUCAUGCUGGGGCAUGGGGUGCCCUACUUGGGGCCUGUAAGCUACAUUGCAAUAUAGAGAUAGGUGAGUUGGUCGCUAGUAAACUAUUAGAGAUUGAACCUCAGAAUGCUGGUAAUUAUGUGCUUCUAUCCAAUAUUUACGCAGUAGCAGAGCGCUGGUUGGACGUUUCCCUUGUGAGGAAUAAAAUGAAGGAGAGAGGAGUCAAAAAAAUACCUGGUCGCAGUUGGAUUAGUUCUGAAGGUUGAGUUUGUCGGUAACUUUGUUUAUGGAAUGUGGGAAUUUUACUCUGGAACUUGCAUUGUGGAGAUGGACUAUAUUUUAGAUUUCCUGCUAUUGAUACUAGCUAACAGGAAUCAAGUUGCGAGCAUUGCCUUCAAAUCCAAUUCGGAGGAUACAGUUGUGCUAUAAAAUUUUUUGCAAUUUUGCGUGGUAUACAAGCAACUUCUUUUGCUGAUAAAGAUUCAUGUCGUCACUUCAAGCAUGAAUGAGUUGUUGUUUUCUAACUUGAAGUGUGUGGAUUACGUUAGGAAUCAAUUUUGGCGGAAUUUUGUUACGGAGAGGUCAAUAACCAUAAGAAAUUGAUUGUGCACCCGGUUAUUGUGAAA